AUGGUUGGCGUCGGUGGCCGCAGCAAGGGUUGCAUAACCUGUCGACGACGCAAACUAAAGUGCGAUGAGGGAAAGCCCGAUUGUGAGCGUUGCACAAAAGGUGGCUUCCAGUGCGAGGGAUAUAUAAAGUAUGCCGAGUUUGUGAAUGUCACCAACCGCUUUGCACAACGUCGACCGGCGAAAUGGAAGUCAUCUUCGCAACCAAGAGUACCGAGCUGCUCGAGCUCUAAAGAGCAAUCCCACGCACUAUUAUUGGCGGAUAUCCUACCAUGGGACGAACAACAUAUAUUUACCUCGUAUCUAGUUGACCGGCUGUUCACCUGGCAUGAAGAUGAAGCCUCUCCAUACGCGGCCUCGUGGAUCUCCGUCCUUUACCGCUCAGAAGACCCUGCGGGACUAUCUAUGACCUCCCUGCGCGCUUUGGCUACUACAUAUUUCGGGAAAGUUCAUGGCCAGACCGAUCUGAUGCGAAGAGGUGCAGUGUUUUACUCCCAGGCUCUCCAGUGCCUACGCGUGCAAUUGCAGUCCCCGGAUCAAGCUCUUGAGCCUGACCUUCUGGUCGCUAUACUCUGCCUCGGGAUUCAUGAACUAGUUACACUGACUCAAUCAUCGGCAUGGCUUCAGCACUACAAGGGAUUGGCUCGUAUUACCGAGUUGAGAGGACCACAUCGCCAUCAAACCGGUCUUGGAUACGCUCUACUCCCUACGUUAAGGACUUGUAUUGCCGUUGGCUGCCUUGUUGAGAGGAAACGCUGUUUUCUCGAAGAUCCAUCAUGGAAGACUACCCCAUGGGCUGGACGAAUGGAAUCCAAGACACCCACUGACGACUUACAUGAUGUGCUUUGUGAUAUUCCGGGACUACUUGAAGAUUUCGACAAACAAACAAUAUGGGAUCCGAACAUACCCGGGCGGGCUUUGUUCCAAGCCCAGCUUUGCCAGCGCCUACUCUCAAUCCUAAAAGAACUGCACUGUUGGCGGUGGAAAUGGCAGGAUGAUUUCCCAAAUACAGCGUUUUCGGCUCCUCUAAACGAACCACUGUCUCCUAAUCCGACGAAAUUGCCUCGCAGUCCCUUCAAGAAUAUCAUCUGGUUCACGGACCCGUGCCGAGCCACUGAGUUAAUUACCUACGAUGCAUUGUUGCUGAUCCUCCUAAGAACUGCGGAACUUCUUAGGAUGCAUAUACCCAAUCUCGUAUCUACCGACCUAAGUGAUCCACUUCUUCCAAUGCAGGGUACUAUAGAGGACAUCGCCAUUGAAAUAUGUCGAAUGGUGGAAUACCACCUACAAGACCUUCAAAGAAGCUCGGGAGCAUUCAUGCUUCUAUUUCCACUCAAUAUUGCCUAUCGGAACCUCCCUGCCAGAUCGACAGAAGCUAAUUGGCUUGAGGAGAUUAUGGCUGUGGUUGCCAACAUCCACGGGUUCGAGAUUAGUCGGCGUGAAAAUAUGCCUGGGUCGGGGAAGCCGACAAACUUUGAGGCAGGUGGAGUAGAAGGAAUGGAAGUUGCCUAG